AUGAGCGAAGAGAUUGUUCCAGAUUUUGAAUACAUUAUAGCCCAUGUCAAAGAUUACAUUGAAGAAGGCAUGUUCUUUAACAUAUUCAGGCUCGAAGAUAUCAAAGUUAUACUUAAAAAUUCAACAUUAACUACUGAUGAGUUCGAUUAUCUUCUCAAACAAUCUACUUCAACAAUCAGUGCAGAGAAUUUAUAUUUGUGCAUUCAAAAAGCAAACGUUUCUAUCCAAAGCACUGAAGAUGUAGUCUCUGUUCUGAGAUCAUUAAAAAAGUGCAUGAAACUCAAAAUGUUUAACGGCAUUAUUAACUUUUUAGUUCAUAAAAAGAAAGAGAUAUUUAAUUCUACAGAGAAAAUCAAAAAUCUUCAAAAAGAGUUAAAUGAAAUUCGAAAUCAAAAACAAAAAAGUGACGAUGAGAUAAAAUCACUUCAAUCUCAACUCAAUCUUAUUAAUGAUGCAAAUGGUCAGAGAGAAAUUCUAUCAAAAAUCACAGAACUUAAGAAUUCCAAUGAUUUUGAGCUUGUUUACAAUUUUCUCGAUGAACUUUCUCAAAUAUUUUUUUCAAAAGCAGUAGAAGAAGGACUUUGGAAAAAGAUAAAUCACAAUGGUGAUAAUGUACUUCAUGUUGCAAGUCAAAAAGGAAAUCUUAGACUUGUUAAAUCUCUUAUUUUCUGUGGCUGUGAUAAAGAAGCAAAGACUAAAAAUGGAAAAACUCCACUCAUUUAUGCAUCAGAAAAAGGUCAUUUUGAAGUUGUUCAAUAUCUAAUCUCUGUUGGAGCUAAUAAAGAAGCAAAGAAUACUUUUGGAUAUACUCCACUCAUUUAUGCAUCAUAUAAUGGUCAUCUUGAAGUUGUUCAAUAUCUUAUCUCUGUUGGAGCUAAUAAAGAAGCAAAGAAUACUUUUGGAUAUACUGCACUCACUUCUGCAUCAUCUAAUGGUCAUCUUGAAGUCCUUCAAUAUCUUAUCUCUGUUGGAGCUGAUAAAGAAGCAAAGACUAAAAAUGAACAAAUAUCACUCAUUUCUGCUUCAAAAAAUGUAAACUUAACAUUAUUAAAUAUCUUAUCUCUGUUGGAGCUGAUAAAGAAGCAAAGACUAAAGAUGAAUAUACUCCACUCAUUUAUGCAUCAUAUAAUGGUAAACUUGAAGUCGUUCAAUAUCUUAUCUCGAUUGGAGCUGAUAAAGAAGCAAAGAAUAAUGGUGGAUAUACUCCACUCAUUUAUGCAUCAUAUAAUGGUAAACUUGAAGUCGUUCAAUAUCUUAUCUCGAUUGGAGCUGAUAAAGAAGCAAAGAAUAAUGGUGGAUAUACUCCACUCAUUUAUGCAUCAUAUAAUGGUAAACUUGAAGUCGUUCAAUAUCUUAUCUCGAUUGGAGCUGAUAAAGAAGCAAAAACAAAUGAUGGAAAAUCUGUCAUGGAUGUUACUUCAAGUUCUGUGA